AUGCUGCCACGAUUGUUGUGGAACAUGUCUCUUGUUCUGGUGUUGUUUGGAUUAUUUUUGCUCACUUCUUCAUCUGCCAGAGGCGAACCAGAGCUCAGGGAUGAAGAGGAGGAGGAGGAAAGUUCUUGCCAAGGCGCUUUUGACCUCUAUUUUGUGCUUGAUAAGUCCGGCAGUGUGAAGAAUCACUGGGAUGAAAUCUACUACUUUGUGGAAAAUUUAGCAGAGAAGUUCAAAAGUCCCAUGCUUAGAAUGUCAUUCAUUACUUUCUCAUCCAGAGCAUCUACCAUCCUCAAGCUUACUGAGAACAGGGUGGACAUCAAAAAGGGGCUGAAUGCGCUUAAAAGAGAGAUUCCAGGUGGAGACACGUUCAUGCAUCUUGGACUAUAUAGGGCAAAUGAGCAGAUUUACCAGGAGAACUUUGGCAAGGCCAGCGUGAUUAUAGCACUUACAGACGGAGAGCUGCAGGAAGAUCAACUUAUCACUGCGCAGCAACAGGCCGAGCGAGCCAGGUCUCUCGGAGCUAUCGUGUACUGUGUUGGCGUCAAAGACUUCAAUGAGACACAGCUGGCGACUAUUGCAGACACCAUUGAACAUGUGUUUCCUGUUAUGGGCGGCUUCCACGCCCUUAGGGGUGUUAUUGAUUCGAUCAUCAAGAAAUCUUGCAUUGAGAUUUUGGCAGCGGAGCCCUCCAGUGUGUGUGCAGGAGAAUCUUUCCAAGUGGUGGUGAGGGGCAACGGGUUCCUCCACGCCAGGAACAUCGACCAAGUGCUCUGCAGCUUUAAAAUCAACGACACCAUUACAAUCAAUGAGAAGCCUGCCGGUGUAGAGAAUACGUUCUUGCUGUGUCCAGCUCCUGUCAUUGAUGAAGUCGGGAAGGUGAUUUAUCUUCAAGUGAGCAUGAACGACGGUCUGUCUUUCAUCAGCAGCAAUGUGCACAUCACCACCACAGAGUGUUUUGAUGGCACUAUUCUCCUCAUCACCCUGCUGGUGUUGUUUCUCCUGUUAGCCUUGCUUCUCAUGUGGUGGUUCUGGCCUCUCUGCUGCACAGUGGUGAUCAAAGAACCUCCUCCUCCACCUCCUCCUGAGCCUGAAUCAGAUGAUGAAGAUGGUCUGCCAAAGAAGAAGUGGCCCACUGUAGAUGCUUCAUAUUAUGGAGGAAGAGGAAUCGGAGGCAUUAAAAGAAUGGAGGUGCGAUGGGGCGGUAAGGGCUCCACUGAAGAAGGGGCAAAGUUGGAGAAACCGAAGAAUGCCGUGGUGAAAAUGCCAGAACAGGAAUACGAACCCUUCGAGCCAAAACCCAAGAAAUCUCCUAAAAAGGCGCCUCAGAACCGGAAGUGGUACACACCCAUCCGGGGUAAACUGGAUGCUAUCUGGGCACUGUUUCGCCGGGGUUAUGACCAAGUGUCUUUGAUGAGACCCCAGCCCGGUGAUCAUGGUCGAUGCAUCAACUUCACAAGAGUGAAAGAAGGCUCCAAUCCAGCCAAGUCGGCGCCUCGCUCCCCAAUCCACACGCCCUCACCACCUGUGCCUGACUACCACCGCGCCGAGUCCCCUACAAUGUCCAGCCCUCCCGCCAAAGCCCCCCCUGUGGCCAAUCUACCACCAGGACCGCCUCCGUCCCGCACACCCCCCGGGCUUCCCUGUCCACCGCCGUCGCGUCCACCACCCAGCCUGCGACCAUGAAUGAGCCAGGUAAUAAGCCCGCCCCCAUUCGCCGACUGACCACUCUGUUGACCCUCGGUCUGACGUCAGUCCUCCAGACGCAGGUUCUUCUGCCAUUCCCUGAAGAUCAUCAUCACCUGAUCAAUUACGGCUUAUUUUGCUCUCUCUCGUACGGCUGUCAAGAUGAAAGAUUCUUAACAUAAUCAGUGAGGCCUUCAAUGACUUUGUAUGCUUGCAGUUUCUAUGCAACUAACACCAGGAGUGUUACACCUUCAACACUAUGCACUCAUUUGAGAGUCACAUGUUAAGUUUUGUUUGCGUUCUUUCCUGAGAACUUAAAGACCAUGUUUUCUAUUUAAAAAAAUAAUGACAUAACACCCCGUUGACAGAAAUGAUCCAAAAACACACAAACACUAUGAAACACAUGCAAUGAGGAAAUGCUGCAAUCACGAAAAAAACAGCAAAAAAAUGUUUAAAUUGCACUCAAGCCCUCAAAAACAGCUGCAAAUGAGAAUUGCUGAAAGUUCAAAGAACAACAUGAAGGUUAACUAGUUGUUUUCAGGUUUGUGUUUGUUGUGCAUGUUUCCCGUUGUUUUGUGGCGUUUCUUUAUUUUUGGAUCAGUUUUCCCUCCGUUGGCCACCCUAGAAAUAAACUUCAGAAUUACGUUGGGGUUUUUUUCGGACCAUAAGGCGCACCAGAUUAUAAUGGCCCACUGCCGUUAAGCGGGUCUACUGAGGUCUAUUUUCAUACAAAAGGCACAUUAAAGGGGUCAUAUUAUGAUUUUUUUUCCUCUACGUUUAAAAGACUUCCUUGUGGUCUACAUAACAUGUAAUUAAAGUUAAAGUACCAAUGAUAGUCACACACACACUAGGUGUGGCGAAAUUAUUCUCUGCAUUUGACCCAUCACCCUUGAUCACCCCCUGGGAGGUGAGGGGAGCAGUGGGCGGCAGCGGUGGCCGCGCCCGGGAAUCAUUUUUGGUGAUUUAACCCCCAAUUCCAACCCUUGAUGCUGAGUGGUUCUUUGGUCAAAAUGUUAACUAGCAGACCAUCUUCAAGUCGUUUUCUGGCCGUCUCUUCAGGAUGCACCGUUUUGUGGGCGGUCUUAUUUACAGUACGUGGCUCUACUUUGACAGCGUCUUCUCCCCGUCAUCUUUCAUAGCAAGUCUAUUGACGAAUACAAGUUAGAACUGUACCCUAUUUUAAAGUAGAAAUGGCAACAUCAAGGAUGAAUGCCCCACAACAACAACAUAGAGAAAAAGAAGGAGCUUAAUGACAACACGCGGACUACAAUGGCGGACGCGCGCACAUUUUCGGGACUUAUGCAGUUCCCAAAUACACAUCAGCCGGUACCAAUAGGUAAGAAAAGUUGGUUUUGCAUUUUGUUGCAAAACAAAACACCAGAUAAUAUAUCCUAAUAGGUGCCAUUUUGGAUUCCUUAUACACACCAUAAUAAUACCCGUAUGUUGAAGCACAGUAUGUCUGACUACAGUAGCCGUAAUGCUCCAACAAUCCAUCAAGGGGUGCGGCUUUGUAGCUUACCAAAGUCAUACUAAAACAUAUUGACAGAUUUUUGAGCGCCGUGUGCUGCUUGCUUACGGGUACUUGCUAGCGUCAUUUAUUUAACAGUACACACACUUUUUGUGUGACUGCCAUCCACUGAUCACACUAAUUACACCAUUUAUUAAAUAAAAUUGCUUCGAGGGUCGGUAAGCACAACCAGAAUUAAUCCGUACAUUAGGCGCACCGGGUUAUAAGGCAAACUGUCCAUUUUUGAGAAAAUGAAAGGAUUUUAAGUGCGCCUUAUAGUCCGAAAAAUACGCUAGAACGAUGACUUUUUAUUUUUUACACCUUUUUUGUGUAUGUCUAGUCUGAUACAAAGUGAACGAGGUGAUGCAGGGGAACCUAAACAGGAUGAUUGUUGCAGGACAGCAAAAGCCUCUACAGACCAAAGUCAACACAAGCAAUACGAUUUUUGGAUUUGUUUGAUCAACUACUGAGUUAUGCCUUUGCCAUCGAAAAUUCAAGUAAAAAGUAAUUAGAACCUGAGCAGUUUUUGCAGGAUUGAUUGGAUCGUUUGCUCACAAAUGUUGGUGCUAAUUUUGCUAACAUGCUAAAUCAGCACAUUUGUUCUUCAGGAAAAGUAUUAGUUUAAAGCAACAUGGUUUUGCAACAUGCAAUAACAGGGAAGUGUACAGAAGUUGUUUUUUU